AUGCCUUGGCAUACCGUCCACCUCAACAUUGUUGCGCGACUGUGCCCCGGUAACCAUUCCUCUUGUCCAUUUUGUCGUGCAGCGGGCUCCAGUUGGCUUGACCCAAACCUCCUCUCCAAUCCACUAAAUUCCUCUUCUCUCACCGUCUUUCGUACACUCCAUCUUAUUCUUUUCAACUCCCGUCCUAUGAACGCCGUGAUUCCGCUUCAAACAUUUAUUGUCGAUAACUCCAAAACGGAAAAAACUACUUUAAUUGUGCAGAGGUCAACUACCAUUUAUAAAAAAGGAAAGCCAAAAACUGAAAGCUAUGAAAUUAGGAUUAUGAGCAGCAGUGGAUUUUUUGCUACCCAAUUGUCUGUGAGUGUCUGGAGAUCAUUUAAAGAAUUUUGUUGGCUCCGAAGAGUUUUUCUGAAACACUAUUGCAAUCAGAAUUAUGAUCCAGAUGUUGUCUGUGAACGAAUAAAGGGUGUGGAAGAAUUUUUGCAAGAGUGCCUGCAGGUGAAGCAGAUUGUAUCGGAUGUAAUGUUCCAUUUGUUUGUUCAAACAGAUUUAUCAAUCAAAGACAUUAAACAACUAGGAUCUUAUAAGUGCCACCCAUCUUUUUUGACAUGCUUUAAGGUGUGCCAUAAAGGAACACAAGAUGUUUGCAGCAUGGUAACAAGGUAUCUGUCAUGUUUUGGUGUAUUCCAUCAAGAGGCCAAGGGAUUUUACAAAUUGCGAUGA